AUGGCGGGAUCCAGCACUGGGAAAGUUCCGAUUGUGUAUAGGAACGAGUAUAAUAUCGGAUUCCUUGGAUUGGAAAAGUUGCAUCCGUUCGACUCCAAAAAGUGGGGCAAUGUUUUUAAUUAUCUGAAGGAAGCUAUCAGAGGGCUGACGGAAGAAAAGAUUCACAGUCCACCCGAAGUGACUCCAGCACAGCUGCUAAAAGUUCACACGCAGGAAUAUAUUGACAGCUUGACGAAAAGCGUUAACGUCGCAAAGAUCACUGAAGUAUUUUUCUUGGCCGCAAUCCCUAACUUCGUUGUGCAAAGAAGGGUCUUGAAACCUUUCAGGUUUCAAGUAGGGGGAACGUUGCUGGCUGGAGAACUGUGUAUGGAACACAAAUGGAGCAUCAACAUAGGCGGUGGAUUUCAUCAUUGCAGCAAAGACAGAGGAGGAGGUUUUUGCGCGUAUGCGGACAUCACGUUGUGCAUUCGGAACAUUUUGGAAAAGUAUUCGUCUAGAGUCAAGAAGGUGUUGCUGAUAGACUUGGAUGCACAUCAAGGGAAUGGACAUGAAAGAGACUUCCUUGGGGACGAAUCGGUUUAUAUAUUUGACAUGUACAAUAAAUACAUAUACCCAGGAGACAUGGAAGCUCGGGCCGCCAUCAAAAAGUCGGUGGAAUUAUUCACGGGAACGACUGAUGAAGAAUAUCUGUUGGCUCUUCGAUCGAAGCUUCAAGAAGCAUUUGAGGAAGCAAAGCCAGAUUUCGUUUUCUUCAACGCUGGAACAGACAUUUUGGAGGGUGACACCCUUGGUAGACUCAGUAUAACUCGGGAAGGAAUCAUUGAACGGGAUGAAAUAGUUUUCCGAAAAGCUAAGGAAGCUGGUGUUCCCAUCGUCAUGGUCACCAGUGGUGGAUAUGUGGCCAGAACUGCGAAGAUUAUAGCGGAUUCUAUUGUGAAUUUGAAGGACAAAGGAUUGAUCCACAUGGAUCUGGAUUGACCUACACCUUGUAUAUUCUAUAUCCUCAUACCGGUGCUGUUCCAAUUUUCUGGCGAAGUAAUCUUUUUUAAUGAAGUACUGCGAACUUAUCCAAAAUAUUUGUCUCUCAUCGGUGCCUGCUGUAUGAUCAGUCCGUUUGCUUAAUUGGCAAUCGAACUAAUAUAUAGCUUCGAAAUUUUCGCCCAAAAGUUGUAUGGAAUGUUUGCAUGGUGGAAUCGAGGAAAUUGUUUUUGAAAAAAUGCAGGUUCGUCUUAUGGGAAAUGGGUCAUA